AUGGCGGGGGGAGGGAGGGCGGGGGGCGGGCGGGGGCGACGACUUAACCUCAGAUUGACCGCGGGUAGGAAUGAGAAUCCCAGACGUGGACACACUGGACAGCUAUCGGUAGGAGCCAACCGGGGGAGGUGGGAGGGCGAGGGGAGCAUACACAAUUAUAAGCCCCGCCGGUACGGUCGCAGGAGAAGGGCGAAAUCGCGGGCCGGGCCCGUCAGGCGGAGAGGGUUGAUGGGAGGUGACCCGGGCCGGGCCCCAGCUCGAAGAGAGCCCCGGGCAGUGGCGGCGGCGGCGCAGUUUGGAAGUGGCAAAAUUGGCAAAGGACGAACCAGGCGAGGCUCGGUAACGACCGUUCGUUCGGUCCAUCGGACAGAGAAAGUGGAGGCAGUGGAGCUCGAGUUAGAGGAGGGAGACAAUAGCGGAGGAAGUGGGAAGGAAAUGGGGUUGCGAGCGUCGCAGGAGGAGGGCAAGGAGAGCGAAGGAUGCAAACCCUGUGCGCUGCGGGCGUGCGCCGCGCGUGCGCUCAUGCUGCCGUCAUCGCACGCCUGUGCAUGUGCUGCCCCCCCUCCGGGCCCGCCCUGCCUCCCGCCAGAGAGAGCAUUCCCUCUCGUCUGGAACGCCCUUCCCGACUCGCCUCGCCACCACUCCCCACUCCGCUCCGACCCCCGGCACGAACCGACCCGAACUGACCGGGAGGGGGAACCAGAACAAGAGCCCAGCCCCGACCCGAACCCAGAGGGGUAG